AUGGUUGGCGGUGAUCAAACAAGGAUACAAAUGCCCACUUACAAUUGGAAUAUUAGCAGCAGAGACGAUCAGCAAGAAAAUGCAGAUGAAGGUUUCGCUUCGUCCUCAUCAAUAGAAGAAGAUCAGUUAUUUAAAGUCAUUAGACGCAAAAGAAGCUAUCACAACAAUUUAUCGGCAGCAGCAGACGAACAAGGAAAACGGACGUCGAAGGGGAGGGAGAACCAGCAGACAGAACUCAAACAGCAAGAAGACGAAGAUUUUAAUCAUCCCUUUAUAGAUUGGAAAAUGGCACCUUUAGAAUCGAUUCUAUGGAUUGUAUCAUUUUUUUGGGUAUUUUAUCCAUUGCAUAAUACAAAAAUAUUCCAUGAUCAAUGGCUAAUGGGCUGGAUAUUGAGUAUUUGGGGUGGCAUCAUACUUGUCCGAAUUACCACGUCUAAGGGACACCAGCAACGAAUUAAUCUAGCACAGCGCUUCAACACUACUAUUAAUACUACUAAUAUCACAUCGACAUCAGAUUCGUCUUCCGAAGAGUUUGAAAAAAAGAAAGAAAUCCUCAUCACAUCAACAAUGAGGCAACAACAGCAGCAACUUCAGUCGAUGAAUAGAAUUUUUGGAGCAAGUAGAGCUUCUUUCAGAGCGAAUGCAGAUGAUGGGUUACUGUGUGGCGUUCUGCUGUUGCCUAUGGUAGCAGCGGCGAAACUUGUCGAUGCAGCUACUAAAAAAAUGGAUGCAUAUCAUAUUGGUAAUUUAAAAUAUGAUCACAGGGAACUUAUUUUGCGCAUACAACUGAUAUCCUCCUCUUCUCAAUCAGCUUAUCUUAAAGUUCGUCUAGAAUUAAUUUUAUUUAUGAGCAUGCUAUUUUUGGUCUUGGUUUUCAUCAACGACUAUCUACAACCAUUAAAACGUGUCAUUCGCAAAAGGGGGCUAUUCGUUUCCAGCAUUUGCGUAUCAGCACUUUGCACGGCAAUUUUGACAAGCACGCCAUUAGCACCUAUCUUAUCAGAAAUACCUACUUACAUGACGAUACUAUCAGUGACCAUAUUUCAAUGGUUUCUUUAUAUUUGCGUAGUGACAUUGAAGAAAUGCUUUACUUUGGGCGAAAUGUGUAUCGUGUCUCAAGCAGCCGCAACAGUAGUGCAUGGAGCAGCAGAAUAUAUUUGCGCAGCAUAUUAUCCUGAUAAAGCACCAGUGUAUCUCAAUCACUUGGAUGUAUUCACGAACCAGGUAUUAAUUCAUGCGCUGAUCGUUGGCAUGAUAUUUAUAGGUAUUGUUGCAUAUCCUCUGUUACGUCAGUCGCGACGACUUGCACAAAGACCUUACUGGCGAUCGAACGGCCUUUCUUUUGAGAAUAAAAAGAUCGUUGUUGCCGUUCUAUUCUAUUUUCUUACACUCAUUAUUACCUGUCUGAUCAUUGCUCCUAUUUGCAAAGCGAUCACGGGCGAGAAUCCCAUCCUAUGGACACUCGAUUAUUUAUACAUGUCACCUUCUCGUAUGUUCCUUUGCUUAUAUUGGUCACUCACAGUAAUUACCACCAUCAUUGUUUGGGUGCUCGUACUUGAUUUCAAUCUAGAAUCAGCUGUACCAAUUGAAGGAAAAACACUCACAAGCUCACUCAACAAAAAAAGAAAGCUAUUCCAUGCAUUGGCUGUUAUCAUGUUUGUACCCGGUGUUUUAUUCGAGAAAGCCUUUUUACAGUUAGCAUUUGGCGUUGCUUUUUCGGCUUUCAUUUAUUUAGAAUAUUUACGUUAUUUUGCUGUAUGGCCCUGGGGUAAAAACCUCCAUGUCUUUCUGACAGAGUUCAUUGAUAAUCGAGAUUUGGGGCCAGUUAUUUUGAGUCAUAUCUACUUAUUACUCGGUUGCGCUACUCCAGUAUGGUUGGGAAGCUCGAAUGUUCUUGCCAGCUUAUCAGGCAUACUUUCCUUAGGCUUUGGCGAUGCUGCCGCCUCUAUUGUAGGCAAAAAGUUUGGUCGUUACCAUUGGCCAGGUACCAAAAAGACGGUAGAAGGUACCCUCGCCUUUAUUGUUACAGUCCUUCUAAGCGCGUUGAUGGUUGUAUAUACUUCUGCACUCCUGAAUUUGGAUGAAACGACUGAAUUUGCUGCUUCGGCUGGCCGAAGUGAAUGGUUAACUUAUUCCAAUGUCGUUACUUUGACAGGCUUAUUAGAAGCCUUUUCUACCCAAAAUGAUAAUAUUAUUAUACCACUUUACAUGUAUGCAUUAAUAGUUAUUGGGCACGCUGGUACCUAA